UGCUUUAUCGGGUUAGGAUUUGGCGUGCCGAGAAGGAAAUUACAGUUUUUGACCCUCAUUUCAUCAUAGAGAAUGAUGGGUCAAUGGGUGACGUCGACUCAUCAGAGUAUGUGGAAAUGGAGGCUCAUUUUAAACCACCCUAUUUGGAAUUCACAUUUUCCAAGGGUUAUAUUAACAAGCCCAGAAUCAACAUUCCGUUACCAUUCGCCCGUGCACAUUUCCAAGGUCUUAGAGACGAGACUCCAAUAGAAUUGUAUGUUAGUCGGUGGUGGAAAGCAACAAUGCGCAUUAAGUUUGACCAGCACAAGAACAUUGUAACUUGCAACGUCAAGAAAGGAGUAUCGGAAAUGCUUGCGGGUGAGGGGAUUGAACUCGGCGAAAAGGCUGUGGUUGAGUUGGAAUGUGUGGAGCCCCCAAUUUUAAGCAUUACCUUCACAUGAUUAACAAGAUUGUUUAAUUCUAAGCUAAUGACUCAAUAGAUAAUUUCCUUUUGUUUGUGUAUAUUAGGACAUGGUUCAAAGAUAAUCGCUAACUAAAUAUAAAGUAUUACGGCUUGGUUGGAUGCUUUGGUUUGUGAAUUUUUGAGACAUGAUCUCUUGCAGUUUGUGUUUUGUAAUCUGUCUUUUAGAUGGCAUUUUAUAUAUGAAACAUUGAUACAUCUGCUU